GUAUUGAUGGCGUGCUGCUCAAUGUUUUGAACCAUUUUUUGUUUAGGGAGAAGAGGAAAAAAGUAGUGGGGCGAAUCGGGAAAAGAAGGGCGCGCCCAACAAAAGCUGACCAGGCUUUUAUAUGUUUUUACUUUUAUUUUUCCUUCUCCUCUCUGUCACAGAUCAUCAUCGUCGUCGCUCGUCGUUGUCGGCGGCGGCCCGAGUAAUUUUCCCAAUUCAGACCAUACACGGACGGGCAUUUUUUUCGCGUUUCAAUUUGUGGGCCUACCAACCCCCCCUAAAUCGUUCUUCAAGCCGACCCCAAAAAAACACCGACUGGUCUAUAACAUCAUCACAUCUAGAAAUAUACCAUCCAAUCAGAGCUCCAUCGCCCGUUAGGCCCGGAAGAUUUUCAGGGCAGGCCUUUGUUAUCGGAUUCCGGUUAUAAGAGGACCCCAUUUUGCCCAACAAAUAAAAUGGGAGACAGAAGGGCU